UAUUCAGGUUGACUUGAUUGUCGUAUUUUUUUGGGUGAAAUAAAAAAAAGAGUUAACAGUUUACUGAUUGAACUUUCAACAAGUUGUUGGAUUACAAACAACAAUUGAAUCUCAUUACCAAUUCAGCAUUUAAUUCACUAAACUAACCCAAAAAGCAAACCCAAAAAUAUUGAAUCUCUUAAGUGUUUACACUUGUUUAAAUGGUUAUAAACAGACUUUCAGUUUAUCAACUUUUCAACAUUGUUAAUUGUAAAUAUAAAUGUCAACCAUUGGUAUAAUUAAUGUGGUUCAAUGUAACAAUUAACUCUACUUGUUAUUCAACUGAAAACUCAAAUUGUUCACUCGAUGUCAACAGUGAAAACAGUAACAAUAAUAACCGCGAUUGUAGUGCAAUUAAGUGUGAUUGUUGGAGUGAAAAUCCUUGCCAUUCAAGGAGUGAUUUGAUCAACUCCAAGUCUACAUUCAAAUUGAUAGUUUCCUGGAUUAACGAGAAAAUGUCCAAUUUAUGGUUCUUUCGUUAUCCAGGUCGCUUUGGGCGUCGAUCUUCAGCUCGACAACCCGAUUGUCUAAACUUGACCCAACUAAGAACACCUUCCAUUGCCUCAACUGCCUCUUCCUCAUCUCGACAUACACUCAAUCGAAGUUCCUUUCAAACGGACAUUUCUCGUCGAGAUGAGCCCAGCUCAACCGAUGUACCUCGCUUCUCGUCUUCGUCUUACAUUCCGCCACUUCGAAGGCGAACCUUGCCACCUGAAAGUACACUCAAGUCAACCGAUAGUUAUGACAAUUUAGCAUUCACUCCAAGGGUUCGAGUUGAAUUUUAUGUCAAUGAAAAUACCUUCAAGGAAAGGCUUCAAGAGUAUUUGAUAAAAAAUAAAAAGUCAAGUUUUAGGAUAAGAGGGGUUAAAAUGGUCCUCAAGCUAUUUGCCUGUCUGCUCUAUGUAAUAAGAGUCAUGCUUGACGACGGUCCUGAUCCGGCUGAUUGUCCAGAAUGUAAUCAUAUUGGAACUGUUAAAGACUCUAAAUCAAUUUACCAAACGAUUCCGUCCAAUUCUGAAAACGAAACAAUCACUUCACAUAAUACAGACCCAAUUAACUGGAAAGGGAUAAUUUGGGUUCAACGUAGUUUUAUAAUCUGGUUAUUCGAAGCCAUCAUCUCAGUCUUUUUUGUAGCCGAAGUCAUUCUUCUGGUAUAUUUAACCAAAAAGAGUAGCCUGAUGCGGACACUUUUUUCAUUUCAUGUUAUUCUGGAAAUUGUAAACAAUGUACCUUUCCUUAUCUCAAUAUUUUAUUCACCAUUUCGUACCAUUUUUGUUCCAACCUUUCUUCACUGUUGGUUGGCAAAGCAAACUCUUGAAAAAAUGUUUAAUGAUGUUCACCGAGCGAUGCAACAAUCUCAAUCAGCCUUAUCACAACGACUCACAAUUUUAAUAACAACCUUAAUAUGUCUUAUUUUUACAAGUGUUUGUGGUUUUCAACAUUUUCAAAGAGCCGGAGGACGCAAUGUGAACCUUUUUGAAUCUCUUUAUUUUGUUGUUGUUACCUUUGCUUUUGUUGGUUAUGGUGAUUACACACCUGAAAAUACGCCUUCUCAACUAUUCAUGGUGGUAAUGAUUUGUGUAGCACUCAUUGUGUUACCGACACAAUUUGAACAGUUGGCCUGUACUUGGAUGGAAAGGCAAAAGCUUGGUGGCAAUUAUAGCGUUCAAAGAGCUCAAACUGAGAAACAUGUAGUCGUUUGCAGUACAACACUUCGCACCGAUACCGUCAUGGACUUUCUCAAUGAAUUUUAUGCGCAUCCACUUUUACAGGAUUUUUACGUUGUUCUAUUGAGUCCUUGUGAACUCGAUACUACCAUGAAGAUGAUACUGCAGGUUCCAAUGUGGGCUCAGCGUGUUAUUUACAUUCAAGGAUCAGCUUUGAAAGAUUCAGAUCUUACAAGAGCAAGAGUCGAUGCUGCUGAAGCCGUAUUUAUAUUAGCAGCUCGUAAUUAUGCCGACCUUGGAGCUGCGGACGAACACACUAUUUUAAGGUCUUGGGCUGUUCGUGAUUUCGCUCCAAGUAUCCCUCAAUAUGUACAGAUUUACAGGCCUGAGAAUAAGAUUCACGUUGUUUUUGCCGAGCACGUUGUCUGUGAGGAUGAAUUUAAAUACGCAUUAUUGGCCAACAAUUGCCUUUGUCCAGGAACCUCAACCCUGGUCACUUUGCUUCUUCACACUUCUAGAGGACAGUAAGUUGACUGGAACUCAAGUUCAAUGGCAAAUUAGAUUGGAUAUAAGUUGAUUUCAUUUAUUUUGACACUUUAUUUAUCUAGAGAAGGUCAAACAUCAGAUGAAGAAUGGCAUCGAUUGUAUGGUAAAUGUUCAGGAAAUGAAAUUUAUCACAUAAGAUUGAGUGAUAGUCGAUUUUUUGGUGAAUAUGAAGGCAAGAGUUUUACUUAUGCAUCAUUUCAUUCACAUCGAAAAUAUGGAGUGGCCUUAAUUGGAGUUCAAACUGAUAUGAAGGGAACCUGGCCCAUCAUGUUAAAUCCUGGUCCAAGUUACAUCUUGAAAGCAUCUGAUAUCUGUUUUUACAUGAACAUUACAAAAGAGGAAAAUUCAGCUUUCCUUCCAACACCCAAUUCAGAUGGAUUGGGUUCAAUGAAUAGUCAACCUGGUCGAGGUAAUCAACAGCAACAAUCUACAUCUGAUAAUGGCAAUAAUAAUGUUACAUCCAAAGUCAAUAAUAACCUUAUUAAAGUAAAUAGUAGCCUUUCUGUUGGUGGUUCAAUUGAGAUUGGGUUAACCUGUGAUGGUGAUGAAUCGGGUGAAAAUUUGUUGAAAGCUGAUGAACAAGACAUUAUUCGGAGAUUGUCUUCUGUCUCUAGCAUUUCAACUGGUGACUGUCUGUCGGUUGGAAGCAAGAAAAAUUCAAUGAUUGAAAUGUUGCAAAGUGGAUCACCCAGUAAUCGACGUAAAUCCAGUUCCAUUUUUGGCUCUUCAAUGGACCUCGAUUCUAACCGUAAAUCGAGACGAGACUCGUCACCUGCAAGAAUUAAAAAAGUAGUCUCGGAUUUUGCUGCUAAAACAAAGAAAGCAAUGACAAGGAAACCUGGUAAUCACCUUCAAGUGCCUAGAAUUGAGUUUGGUUUGCCUUCAAGAGAUUCAUCGCCCAGUGAUGUUGUCGCAGCUCGAGGUCGAAGGCCUUCUAUUGCUGCUGUUCCCGUUAUGUUUGAUGAUUCCUUGGAUGAUGAAGAUUCAGAGUCUAAAGAUGGAUUAAAAGAUGAACCAAAAGAAAAGCUUUGUGAUUUAACUUGGGUAACUCCAUCUGAAUGCUCAGAGAUUGUUAAAGGUUUCCCUCCAGUUUCACCUUAUGUUGGUGUCAGUCCUACUUUAUGUUACCUUGUAAAGGAAAAGAAACCGUCUUGUUGCAUGGUGUUAACAGCUGAUUGUGAACAUUGUUCCCAUCAACAUGCCCGUGAAUACAACUGGCCUACUCGUUGUAUCAUCUUGGCUGCCGAUUUUGCCUCUAAUGCAAUUUAUAACUUUAUAGUUCCACUUCGAGCUCACUUUCAUUCAGUUAAAUCCUUGCAACCAAUCAUUAUCCUACUUGAAACCGAACCAACCCAAGCUUUCAUUGAUGCCAUCUCAUGGUUUCCUCUUGUUUACUGGAUGCAGGGUUCAAUCGACAGUUUGGAUGAUCUGAUCAAAGCUGGUAUCAACCUUGCCGACUCUGUUGUUGUUGUUAAUAAAGAGACAACCAAUUCAGCUGAGGAAGACUUUCUUUCUGAUUGUAAUACAAUUGUUGCAGUUCAAACAAUGUUUAAAAUGUUUCCAAGUGUCCGAAUAAUUACCGAACUCAGUCAAUCGUCAAACAUGAGAUUUAUGCAAUUCCGUGCUCAUGAUACUUAUGCACUGUCUCUUUCAAAGAUGGAAAAGCAUGAACGAGAAAUAGGUUCACACAUAUCUUACAUGUUUCGACUUCCCUUUGCUGCUGGCUCCGUAUUUAGUGCUUCAAUGUUGGAUACUUUGCUGUAUCAAGCCUUUGUUAAAGAUUACAUGAUAACCAUAAUUAGACUUUUACUUGGUAUCGAUCAAGCUCCUGGAUCAGGUUUCCUGUCAUCAAUGAAAAUUACCAAAGAUGAUCUAUGGAUACGAACCUAUGGAAGGUUAUACCAGAAAUUGUGCUCAACAACAUGUGAAAUUCCCAUUGGAAUUUACAGAACUCAAGGUUCUCAUACUCCUGAUGCAACAACAAUAAAUCUAGAUUUUGUGUUUCCAAUUUUUAAUGAACGAGCUCGUUAUCAGCAAUUAUCUGCCGAGAUUGAACGCCAAGAGAUUACAAAUCUGGUCAAGAAUCGGAUGCAAGAUUUAGGAUGUCCAAUUGAAGAUUAUGAUGACGUCUCAGAAAAGCGAAGCACAAUUUCAUACGUGAUAAUCAAUCCAAGCUGUGAUUUAAAAUUGGAAGAAGGUGAUUUCAUCUAUUUGAUUAGGCCUUCGCCAAUCAAGAGUAAAAAGACUUUUCUUACUCGAGGAAAUUCAAUAAGAGUGUCUAAGGCUUCACUUAAACGAAAAAGAAGUCGAACUGGUUCGAUAACCUCUAAUGCCAAUGCAAGUCCAGCUUCUGGUUCACCAGGACAGGCACAGCCGGUGCAACAGUUGCAACCUAAAACCUCGACAAUGACUGAUACUGAUCAAGUGAAAGAUUCAAGAUUAAAUUGUGAUGAUUUAAGAUCACUUGGCAGUGGCUCAAGUAGACAUCAAAGUAUUUCCGAAGAGCGAACAGCUGAGGAACUCGGAGACUUUCAACUUCACUUGCCUCCAACCAUUACCAUUGUACCUUCACUUCAACUGAACUCAGCACCAGGUGAACCCAAUCAACCUCCUCCUGCUUAUCAUCAUCAUCACCAUCAACAUCAUACACCUUUUGGAUCGGCUAACAAUUCAUUUGUCAAUCAAAUUAAACUUCCAGUUGAAGGGAAUGGACUCAGAGAAGAGGGACAAAGAAAUGGAGAGUUUCAUCAAUCGCAACUUAAUCAUUAAUUUGGCUAAUUGUUUCUUUAUUAGUGCUUCUGCAUAAUUUUGGUUUCUUUUUAAAUUCAUUGUUAAUGCUUUUAGUAAAAAAAAUACUCAAUCUCAAGUUAAACCUGGACUAAACUUGAAACAAUCAAAGAGACUGUGAAUUGGCCAAACUUGCAACUGUACUCAAAGCCAGAUUGAACAAUCCAUUUCCAUCAUUUAAUCUCACCUUUCUAUGAUUAUUUGAUUUACUUAGAAUUAGAUGAAAUUAGAUUAUGGGAGGAAUCCUGCAAUUGUAACUCACAUUUCAUGUUUUUUCAUUCAUUCAACUGACAAAAAAUGUUUCUCAUUUUGUUAACUGUUUUGUUGAAAAUUUAAUAGUUGAUCUUUAACAAUCUUGUCAUUUUACAGCUUUUAACAUAUUAAUAAAUAUUAAAAUAGUGUAAUUGUUA